GGCCUCAUUUCCUCACUCACGCCGGAAGUGGCCGGCGUCCGCAUGCCGGUGGCCCGGGCGGGUGGGCGGCGAGGUGGCAUAGCCUCCGGUGGCAGGGCGCCUCUCGGGUGUGUCCGGCUGGAGAGGCGGCUGCUUCUGUGCGCAGACUGGCGAGUGCGAAAGGUCACCACCCAUGUAAUGGAAUUUUAUCUGAUUCUGUAGAUCAGAUUUCUUCUGGAUAUCACGGUAACAAUACAGGAAGAUGUGUACUUUCUCAUUUCUGCAAGUAGUCUUGACUGUGAAGGAAGAAAUUUUUUAAGCUACAGCAGAAUUUGUUUUGGUACCUUUUAUGGAAAUCCUGGUUUUGUUUUUAAUUUUUGAUAACCUUUUGCUAAAGGUAUGAACAAACAAAGAACUUAUCUCAUUACACAAGUCCACAUUGAUAAGAAUGCCUAGAAGAGGAUUGAUUCUUCAGACCCGGACUCAUUGGCUGUUGUUGGGUCUUGCUUUACUCUGCAGUUUGGUAUUAUUUUUGUACCUUCUGGAAUGUGCCCCCCAGACUGAUGGAAAUGCAUCUCUUCCUGGGGUCGUUGGGGAAAAUUAUGGUAGAGAAUAUUAUCAAGCCCUAUUGCAGGAGCAAGAAGAACAUUAUCAAACCAGGGCAACCAGUCUGAAGCGCCAAAUUGCCCAACUAAAACAAGAAUUACAAGAAAUGAGUGAGAAGAUGAGAUCAUUGCAAGAAAGAAAAAACGUAGGGGCUAAUGGCAUAGGCUAUCAAGGCAACAAAGAACAAGCACCUAGUGAUCUUUUAGAGUUUCUUCAUUCCCAAAUUGACAAAGCUGAAGUUAGCACAGGAGCCAAACUACCUAGUGAGUAUGGGGUCAUUCCCUUUGAAAGUUUCACCUUAAUGAAAGUGUUCCAGUUGGAAAUGGGUCUCACUCGCCAUCCUGAGGAAAAGCCAGUUAGAAAAGACAAGCGAGAUGAAUUGGUAGAAGUUAUUGAAGCUGGAUUGGAGGUCAUUAAUAAUCCUGAUGAAGAUGAUGAACAGGAAGAUGAGGAUGGUCCCCUUGGAGAAAAACUGAUAUUUAAUGAAAAUGACUUCAUAGAAGGUUAUUAUCGCACCGAGAGAGAUAAGGGCACACAGUAUGAACUGUUUUUUAAGAAAGCAGACCUUAUGGAAUAUAGACAUGUGACCCUCUUCCGCCCUUUUGGACCUCUCAUGAAAGUGAAGAGCGAGAUGAUUGACAUUAGUAGAUCAAUUAUUAAUAUCAUUGUGCCACUUGCUGAAAGAACUGAAGCAUUUGUGCAGUUUAUGCAGAACUUCAGGGAUGUAUGUAUUCAUCAGGACAAGAGGAUUCAUCUCACAGUGGUGUAUUUUGGUAAAGAAGGACUAUCUAAAGUCAAGUCUAUCCUAGAAUCUGUCACAAGUGAGUCUAAUUUUCACAAUUACACCUUGGUCUCACUGAAUGAAGAAUUUAAUCGUGGAAGAGGACUAAAUGUGGGUGCACGAGCUUGGGACAAGGGAGAGGUCUUGAUGUUUUUCUGUGAUGUUGAUAUAUAUUUCUCAGCCGAAUUCCUUAACAGCUGCCGGUUAAAUGCGGAGCCAGGUAAGAAGGUGUUUUACCCUGUGGUAUUCAGUCUUUACAACCCUGCCAUUGUUUAUGCCAGUCAAGAUGUGCCCCCUCCUGUGGAGCAGCAGCUGGUUCACAAAAAGGAUUCUGGCUUUUGGCGAGAUUUCGGGUUUGGAAUGACUUGUCAGUAUCGAUCAGAUUUCCUGACUGUUGGUGGAUUUGACAUGGAAGUAAAAGGUUGGGGUGGAGAAGAUGUUCAUCUUUAUCGAAAAUACUUACAUGGUGACCUCAUUGUGAUUCGGACUCCGGUUCCUGGUCUUUUCCACCUGUGGCAUGAGAAACGCUGUGCUGAUGAGUUGACCCCUGAGCAGUACCGCAUGUGCAUCCAGUCCAAAGCCAUGAAUGAGGCCUCUCAUUCACACCUGGGAAUGCUGGUCUUCAGGGAAGAGAUAGAAACACAUCUUCGCAAACAGGCUUACAAGACAAACAGCGAAGCUGUUGGUUAACAUAAUCAUUGACACAUUAGUCUGAACCACAAACCAACACUAUUUAGCCUUAAUUCCAGUUCCAGAUGCAGUGCCUCUUUCAGAGAAGACAUGCUUAUCUUUUGUGUUCUUUUUAAUAUUACUUUAACAGUUUAGCUGUAUAUGAGAAGAAAAAGCAAGUGUUUCAAUGCAAAGCCUCUGUUUUGUGAGAAGUCUGCACUAUGGAAUUAUUAACGAAUCAAAAUCUGGCGUUUGUCCCAAAAGUAGUUUUGAGUUAGUUUCUACCCUGCACCCAUGUUCUGAUGUGUCCUGGUUGCAUCUGGACUAAGGAAUGGAAUGUGUUGUGCUGACAGCAGGUCAGUAGCAUCCUGUUCCCUGCAGAAAGAACUGACUGUUAUGGAUGGAGUGUGUAGACUGGGGUUCUUCUCCUGCCAACUACUGAGUCAACCUGCUUGGUUUUUAAAUGAAGGUCUUUGGUCAGUUGGUUGAAGAAUUCUUUUUCACUGAAGCAGAGGAUAAUAUAGUGACAAAUUUGAAAUCUCUAACCAACCAAGAGAAAACAGAAAUUAAAAACUCUUAGCUUAAUGUUGCUUAGCUCCCUAAAUGUUUGUUUUUAAACAAAUGGUUAAUAGUAAGAAAUACCUAGGUUAGAGUAUAUGACAGUUAAAAAUAUAAAGUGUUAUUUUUGUCAUAUUCAGGAUUAGAAGUCAAAGUUGCUAUAGACUGUUUGAAACAGACUGAAAUCAACAUGGAAAAGUUUUUAAUAGAAUAUUUGAUUAUGUUGGGUACAGGACAUCAGUGGUGUCUGAGAAUAUCAUUUUACGUGAGCUAGGGCUCUGUCAAGGCCUUAUGGUGGGUGGUUCAGAAUAGAUGAGCAUAUCAUGGUGCUGUGUGUUUUUUGCUUUGUGUUUAGCAUAGAUCUCAUUUAGCAUGGAUCCAUAUAUAUUUAUUAUGCUUUUUCCCUAAUAUGUUAAUAUAUGCUACAUCUGUAUUUGCAUUAUUAUAAUAGUUUGAGUUGAGAGUUUCACUGAAGGGAGAAAAAAACAAUUUAAUGAAGUAUACUAUAAAAUUAUACUGAUUUGAGAAAAGGAAAGGAAAGACAGUAGUAUCAAUGGAAAUCUGAAUUACAGAGUAUUUUAGAGAUAUAUAUUACUUGCAGAUAGAAUGAUGUUUUAAUUGAAAUAUAAAUUAUAUUAAACAAGAUAAUAAAUUAUAUUCAGAUAGGACUAUACUAUGUUAUUUAUCACACAUGGAUCUUUUACCAUAGCGUCAAUUGCUAGAUCCUGAAAUUGGAGAUAUGGUAAAAGGCAUGCAUAGAUUUUUAACAUUCGUACUUUAAAAGAGACCUAUGUUGUAUUCUUUCUAUCUGUAUAUAAACCCCAUGAAAAUUCACAGAAGAAAAAUCAUUACUCUUUUGACUCAGUAAAUCAUAUCCUCUGAAAUAUUAUAAAUCCCAAAUUUCUUGGUGCUACAUGAAUUCAAUUUUAUAAUCUUACUGAUUAUUCUUAAAAGUUUUAAGUUGGGGUAGCACUUAGGCUUUUUUUUUUUUAGUAUGUGUAAAAUGUUCUCUGCAAAGUUAUUCAGGCCCUUGUCACCUUUUACAUUUUUAUUAUGAAGACCAGUAUUUAUUAUGAAGACCAGUGAAUUAUAGUAUUUACAGUGAGCGAACCUAUUUGCAAAGGUAAGUUUUUUGACAAAAUCAAAUGAUUUUACCUUUUCUCUCAUUUUUUUAAACUAGGUUUUAACUUAAAGAUGGAAACUAAGCAAUGGAAACAUUACUAUGUAUUUGACAUUAAAAGGUACCAAUAAAGUAUUUUAUUACCAAAAGUUAAAUGACAAUAUGAUCAUUUCUUUCUGUUGCAAAAUAUCAUAAGUACAGAAAUGUGUAUAACAUAGAAUUGUGUACUUUAAAGAAUUAUAAAGCGAAAGCCAGGGCAUCAGCUACCCAGAUUAAGAUAUAGAACAUUACCAGUGAAAGACUUUUAUGUGUCCCUUCUCAAUCACAUACUCACUCUCUCCAUAAUAACUACUAUCCUGAAUUUGGUGGUAAUUUUUCACUUGUUUUUCUUCUUAGUUUUCCCAACUGUGUAUAUGUCUCUACCCAAUGGACGGUUUAGUUUUGCCUGAUUUUGAAUUUUUGUACAUAUUAUUUCAUUAUACAUUUUUAACUUUCAUUCAGUAUUGUUUUUGAGGUUAUCCAUAUCAAUCUCAAAAUUAAUUCAUUUUUAUUACUGACUAGUAUUCCACUGUAUGAAUAUAGUCAUGCCCCACAUAAGGAUAUUUGUGUCAAUGGCAGACCUCAUAUAUGAUAGUGAUCCCAUAACAUUAUAUUAGUGCUGACAUAUUCCUAUCAUCUAGUGACGUCAAAAUGCCAGAAUCACUGUCUUGACUAGGGGAGCACACCGUUGCCUUUUGAACCAACUGUUCCUCAGAUGUUUAUUGAAAACUUACUAUAUGCCUAACACUGUUGUAGACACUGCGAGUGCAAUAGUGAACAAGAAUAGUAGAGCUUACUUACAUUGUAGUUCUUUCUAGAAGUCAUAGCACAUAUUUGUGGUGAUGCUGGUGUAAACAAAUCUACACUGCCGGUCAUUAAAGUUUAGCACAUACAAUUAUGUAUUGUACAUCAUACUUGCUAAUGAUAAUAAACUAUGUUACUGGUUUGUGUA